AUGGCGUGGUCAGGCAGACACAACUUUGGAAAACCAAGAAUAGACCCAAGGGAACCUGGGACUAUUGACGUGGAAGGGGUGACCUCGACAUCCAUCUCAGUCACGUGGACCAAGAUUGCAGGAAUCACCGACUACAUUGUCAACCUCACCCUGGCAAGCAACAACACUAAGCUGUUCUCAAAAGUCAUCAGAAGUUCCCUCAAGGCCAGCUUCUCAGGACUGAUGCCGGGAGAGGAGUACAUCAUCAAGAUUGAGUUGCAGUGCGCCGGAGAAGUUCUCUCUCUUCGACAGUUUACAUUACCUCUGGAGCUGGUGUGCGCCGUCUUUACGUGGGUCACCGAAGACUCUGUCACCCUGCAGUGGUCUCGACCUGAAAGCCAGCUCUUUGGUUACGAGAUCAUGUACGACGAUGGCAGUGGUCCGUACAGUCCUAUCAAUGUGUUCGACAGGAACUCUUUGCAGUUGGAGAGAACGAUCAUGGGUUUGAUGGACGGACCAGGUGUUGAGGUGAACAUUACCACGCUCGCUGGUGCAGGAAUGGCCCAGACCAGAAGCAACCCCGUCAAGAUCAGUCCAAACCCAAGGGAACCUUGGACUAUUGACGUGGAAGGGGUGACCUCGACAUCCAUCUUAGUCACGUGGACCGAGAUUGCAGGAAUCACAGACUACAUUGCCAACCUCAACCUGGCAAGCAACAACACUGAGCUGUUCUCAGGAGUCAUCAGAAGUUCCCUCAAGGCUAGCUUCUCAGGACUGAUGCCGGGAGAGGAGUACAUCAUCAAGAUUGAGUUGCAGUGCGACGGAGAAGUUCUUUCUCUUCGACAGUUUACAUUACCUCUUGAGCCGGUGUGUGCCGUCUUUACUUGGGUCACCGAAGACUCUGUCACCCUGCAGUGGUCUCGACCUGAAAGCAAGCUCUUCGGUUACGAGAUCAUGUACGACGACGGCAGUGGUCCGUACAGUCCUAUCAAUGUGUUCGACAGUAACUCUGUGCAGUUGGAGAGAACGAUCACGGGUUUGAUGGACGGACCAGGUGUUGAGGUAAACAUCACCACGCUCGCUGGUGCAGGAAUGGCCCAAACCAGAAGCAACCCCGUCAAGAUUAGUCCAAACCAAAGGGAACCUGGGACUAUUGACGUGGAAGAGGUGACCUCGACAUCAAUAUCAAUCACAUGGACCGAGAUUGCAGGAAUCACCGACCAUAUUGUCAACCUCACCCUGGCAAGCAACAACACUAAGCUGUUCUCAGAAGUUAUCAGAAGUUCCCUCAAGGCCAGCUUCUUAGGAUUGAUGCCGGGAGAGGAGUACAUCAUCGAGAUUGAGUUGCAGUGCGUCAGAGAAGUUCUCUCUCUUCGACAGUUUACAUUACCUCUGGAGCCGGUGUGCGCCAUCUUUACUUGGGUCACCGAAGACUCUGUCACCCUGCAAUGGUCUCGACCUGAAAGCCAGCUCUUUGGUUACGAGAUCAUGUACGACGACGGCAGUGGUCCGUACAGUCCUAUCAAUGUGUUCGACAGGAACUCUUUGCAGUUGGAGAGAACGAUCAUGGGUUUGAUGGACGGACCAGGUGUUGAGGUGAACAUCACCACGCUCGCUGGUGCAGGAAUGGCCCAGACCAGAAGCAACCCUGUCAAGAUCAGUCCAAACCCAAGGGAACCUGGAACUAUUGACGUGGAAGAGGUGACCUCGACAUCCAUCUCAAUCACGUGGAGCGAGAUUGCAGGAAUCACCGACUUCAUUGUCAACCUCAACCUGGCAAGCAACAACACUAAGCUGUUCUCAGAAGUCAUCAGAAGUUCCCUCAAGGCCAGCUUCUCAGGACUGAUGCCGGGAGAGGAGUACAUCAUCGAGAUUGAGUUGCAGUGCGCCGGAGAAGUUCUCUCUCUUCGACAGUUUACAUUACCUCUAGCGCCAGUGCGCGUCGUCUUUACGUUGGUCACUGUAGACUCUGUCACCCUGCAGUGGUCUCGACCUGAAAGCAAGCUCGUCGGUUACGAGAUCAUGUACGACGACGGCAGUGGUCCGUACAGUCCUAUCAAUGUGUUCGACGGGAUCUCUUUGCAGCUGGAGAGAACGAUCAUGGGUUUGAUGGACGGACCAGGUGUUGAGGUGAACAUCACCACACUUGCUGGUGCAGGAAUGGCCCAGACCAGAAGCAAUCCCGUCAAGAUCAGUCCAAUUCCCACAACAACCUCUUCACCUACUGUUUCUUCUCCACCAAAAUCAACUUCUGCUGGAGGUUCUUCAAUUUCCAUAGUGGUAGGAAGCGCUGUUGGUGCUAUUCUUGUGAUUGUUGUCGUUAUAGUUCUCAUCAUCAUCCUUUACAAGCGAAGAAGCAAUGAAUCAGCAACUUCUAAGUCUGAAGGGAGGGAGUCCAAAUUGUCUCCGCAGUAUGAGAACCCUGUAUUUGAUCAGUCACAGACAGACGCCCAUAUCUACCAAGACUUGAAUACUAUCCAUACCUACCAAGAUUGUAAUAACGAUGAUCAGAGCUACGAUGAUACUGUCGACCCUCAUACCUACCAAGAACCUGAUCAAGAAGCUAACUACGAAGAAUUGAAUGAUGCCAAAGAGAAAAAUUCUGUCAACAGUACUAUGAUAAAACAAUAUGAAACAUGAAUACAUGAGAAGAGGAUAGAUCCAAGUCCAUCAUAAUAAUUUUGUUUAAAAAAAAAGGUUUUUAUAAUUUUGAAAGGGCAAAAUAUUUCCAGUCUUUAUUCAUUACAUAAUAUAUGUCCAUGUAUCAAUUAUUCUGUGAAGAUGAAAGCAUGUUUUACAAAUUAUAAUAAAAUAUUAACAUUUAUCUUAAAAACUGGAGAGAAAAAAUCAAUGCUGAUGGACUUGGGCGCUUCCUCUCGUAUAUCCAAAUAGAAUACAAAUAUCCUCUUCAUUGAAAUUUGUUUUUUCUAUUGCUAUUUUCUGAAUAAUGUGAUUAAUGUUUAAGGACGAAAAGUUAUCAAAAUAUAUCAUGGCUUAUUUUCAUCCUGUGCUCCUUCUUCGUUUUUACAAUGUCUACUCGAGUUAUUCCCAAAUACCUUGAUAUCAACAAUCAGUAGAACGAUUCCCUUUGAAAUACCAUGGUUAGCAGAAGUCUGAUAAAUUCGGGUAAAUAAAGUUGAAGACCUUAGGUCCCACCAAAACGUGAAAGUCAGGGUAUGGGACUAGUUUCUUUAUAUGGAUUCAUUAUACUGAUCUUCCGUCAUUGAAGCACUGUCA